AUGAGAAUCAGAGAAAUACUUUAAAAAGCAAAACAGAAAUUUAAAUAUACCGAUUACUUUACCCUUUCAAGUUAACCCAUAUUUUAUAAAAAAAACAAAAUGCAUUUUUUCUAAAAUAAAUAACAUAUUAUUGCAAAUAAAUUAGGAUUGUAGGUUAUGAAUCCAUUGAUAUCAGAUAAGUUAAAAUUGGAAUGCUAACAUUUUUUAAUGGUUGGGAACUUACAGUUUUUUAAGCUUGGAAUUUUCCUAAUUCUUUAGAAAUCAGAAUUGAUAGAUAGAGAGACUGGACAAUUUAAUUUAAACUUCAAAACAAAAAGUGAUAUAUUUAAUAGUUAUUCAAAUAGUAUAUUAGGAACUUUAAUAAUAUUACAAUAAUACUCCAUAUUGAAUACUCAAAGGUAUUUAUUAUAAUGUUAAAAAUGUAGAAAAAUUGUAAAUGUAUGUUUGAAAUUUUCUCAAACAUCAAUAGAUGGUUUUAUAUAUAGAGAGAUGUACUUAUGA